AAACGGCUUCAAGUGGUUCAUCAUGUUUUUGUAUUAAGUAUAAUAGCCACGGUAUCGUAAACAUUUCAAGAAUUUAAUCAAGAACAAGGACAAUUGGCUAUAGUUUGAUUUUACAUAUAGGUAUUAUAUGCUCACUCAGCCCAUAAAUAAAUAUCGUUGUUUGGUAGUUAAUAUUGGGUAGAUAGUUAUCUGUGUUAUUUGUCUAGCAAUAUUAGGAGACAAAGUGAUGGUGAUAUGAGACAUUCUUCACUGGCUCAGAUUUUUGUUGGUAUUGUUUAAUUUUACACACGAACACAAAGCAGUUCAGUUUUAGCUUUUCUUGAUGGUUAGGCAUAAAGUUGUUUAUUGUUAUAGAUUGUCUCAUUUGGUAACUGUAUGUGCAUGAGCAAACAGCGGUUUUGCGCGUCCAUACACCUUGCAGCAGGGGCAGGAUACUUUCUACGUUAGCGCCCCCUAGUGUCACUUCCCUCAGAUGAAGGUUACAGUCUGACGGCUCCACUGGAUGGGGAGAGAGGUGACAGUGAAAUACACGUUUGAAUUAGUGUCUGGCAAGCUAUCUAGGUUAUAGCACAAUGACUGCUGCAUCGGAAUCCGCAAAGCCGAAAACCUCUCCUAAAGCUAUAAAGUUCCUCUUCGGUGGCCUUGCGGGUAUGGGGGCGACGGUGUUUGUGCAACCGCUCGACCUGGUGAAGAACCGCAUGCAGCUGAGUGGCCAGGGUUCGAAGGCGCGCGAGUACAAGACCAGCCUGCACGCUGUGGCCAGCAUCCUGCGCAACGAGGGCAUCGGGGGCAUCUACACGGGGUUGUCAGCAGGCCUGUUGCGGCAGGCCACCUACACCACCACGCGGUUGGGCAUCUACAGUAUUCUGUUUGAGCGCUUGACCAAGGCGGAUGGGACGCCCCCCAACUUCUUCAUGAAGGCGCUGAUUGGCAUGACCGCGGGGGCCACGGGGGCUUUUGUGGGAACCCCUGCCGAGGUGGCCCUCAUUCGCAUGACCGCCGACGGCCGUUUACCACCAGAUCAGAGGAGGGGGUACUCCAACGUCUUCAAUGCCCUGAUUAGGAUAACCCGUGAGGAGGGGCUCAGAACGCUAUGGAGGGGCUGCAUACCCACCAUGGCCAGAGCCGUAGUGGUCAAUGCUGCUCAGCUGGCCUCUUAUUCUCAGUCCAAACAGGCGCUGCUGGACACUGGGUAUUUCCGCGACGACAUUCUGUGCCACUUCUGCGCCAGCAUGUUCAGCGGCCUGGUCACCACAGCUGCCUCCAUGCCCGUGGACAUCGUCAAGACCCGGAUCCAGAAUAUGAGAAUGAUUGACGGCAAACCAGAGUACAAGAACGGAUUGGAAGUGCUGUUGAAGGUGGUGCGGAAUGAGGGCUUCUUCAGCCUGUGGAAGGGCUUCACCCCGUACUACGCCCGCCUGGGACCCCACACCGUGCUCACAUUCAUCUUCCUCGAGCAGAUGAACAAGUUCUACAAGGUCUAUGUUCUUGACUCAUAGACAUUAAAGUGUGACCUGGGAUUGACUGAUGAUGAUGGCACCUUUAAAAACUGACUCUGGUCUACGCGCGCACACACACACACCCCCACACACACACACACACACACAGAGUCUUAUUCCUGCAAAUGAAUGCAAGGCUGAUCUAAAGCCUAAUGCUGAGGGCUAAUGCUGGACAGUGAACCCCUUGCUGUCACGUUGACCAACAGACAAUGUCAACUUCCCCCUGUAAGACAUUGCCUUGUCUACCUGCCUUUGCCUUUGAUACACAGACUAAGCUACUUUUUUCAUAGACCUGUUUAGCUGACACAUUAAGGCUACUGUCAGAGAGUCUAAAGGCAACACAGGUUCCAAUGGAAAACCAUGUUUGCCAACUCUGUCUUCUGUCUUGCAUAAUGGCGUCAACAUACUGCUCCCAGAGAACUGAGUGAGCGUGGCUGCAGAAAAUAUAUUUACACUACAGUAAAAUAAGUUUACACAGCAGGAGGCAGCAGCACACACACAGGUGUAGAAAGACCGGUUCUCCAAAACAGUAAUCCUGCAUGAUGUACAGAUUUUGCACCAAUAAGCUGAUUCUGGAUCAGCUCAGUGAUACAGCCUACCCAGAGGUUUGACCAAUGCAGCAGCACGACUCAAGUCACAUGAAGGAAGCCUGUGAAAGUCAGUAGACUUGUCCUCCUGUGUUCUGACCCCCUGUUUGAGCCAAUCACUGCCUCUUGUUCUAUGCACUGGCCCCUUUGAUCCAAUCACUGCGACCAAUGUUACAGUGCCAAUAGGGGAAUCAUGAGUCCACUGUAUGUAAGCCUUCAACCAAGGAGAGGAUGAAGAAUAUGUCCAGUGGAGCCUCUCUCCAUAAACAUCUGAUUUAAUAACUGAGCCUCUUUACACUUGCCCUGAAGCUGCUGCCUGUGUGUUAGCAUUGUCUGCUCGUACACAAAGACCAGUACCCCGGCGUGCUUAAAAAUAAAUAAAUAAAUAAAUAAACCUAAAAAUAGUAAAAUGUAUUGAUCCGAGUGGCAUUCCCUGUUUAAUGUGCUCAGUGAGGAUUUUCUGAUCACUGUUGGUUGAAAUUGUAAAUUGUCACCACACACCAGUAGAUGGCGUGCCAUCCCUGCUCAAUUUUGUUUUAAGUUUCAUUACCCAAUCUGUCUGACUUCAGACAGUCCCUACAGCCAGGAAUGGCUUGACUGUUUUAUCCUGCAAUUUUUAGUUAAUUGAAAGAAAAUAAGUAUUCCCAUUUAGAAGUGUGUAUUUCCAUCUAGGAAUGUGGCACUUGACAUUUAAAUGAAAUAAAAAUGUAUAACUCGGUGCUA